AUGUUUGAGCACGCCAUGGAAACCGGAGGCGAACUACCAGAACUAGAUGCAGUUGGCCCUGUCAUCGAUUCAGAGGCGCCCACCACACCUCCUGCUGCACCCCCCGCUGCACCUCCUGCUGCACCUCCCGCUGCACCUCCUGCCACACCUCCUGCUGCACCUCCUGCUGUACCCGGUCCCCAAUCAAUCUCUGCCACCAUGCAAGGUUUAGCUUUAGCUGAGGACGGUCGUCGAGACCCACCACCUGCAGCGCAGCCGGUACUUGAUGAGGACGAGCUGGAACCACCUGCUGUCCAGAAGCCAAAGCCAAGGCCAAAGCCAAAGCGGAAGGGCAAGGCCGCCAAUGAUACUAAUACUACUACCAGUGCUGACCCGGAGGAUCAAGCUCCUGGAAAAGGAACCUGA